AUGACGCUGUUUCAGGGACGGGCUCCAACGGGUUCAGUGGGUAGCCCCAAACCUGGCAUGCAACAAGGAGGCCAAGGAGGAGGAAUGGGCGGAAUGGGAGGAAUGGGGGGAGGAGGUAUGGGAGGAAUGGGGGGAGGAGGUAUGGGAGGAAUGGGGGGAGGAGGUAUGGGAGGAAUGGGAGGAGGUGGGAUGGGAGGAAUGGGAGGAGGUGGAAUGGGAGGUAUGGGAGGAGGUAUGGGAGGAAGUAUGGGAGGAAGUAUGGGAGGUAUGGGAGGUAUGGGAGGUGGGAUGGGUGGAAUGGGAGGAGGUGGUAUGGGAGGUAUGGGAGGAGGUGGGAUGGGAGGAGGUAUGGGAGGGAUGGGGGGAAUGGGAGGAGGAGGGAUGGGAGGAAUGGGAGCAGGUAUGGGCUCAGGUGGAGGAAUAGGAUCCAGAGCUGGCGAGCCAUACCGCCUAGCAACCCAUGAGAGUCCAUCCUCUCCCCGACAUAUGCAGUCAAGCCAGGGGCACGGUAUGGGGCAGGUUCCGGGGUCUGGCCAUGGGAUGGGUCACGGUCCAGCUGGGUCCGGUAUGGGGGGUCAUACAGGUCAAAGUCCUGGCCAACAUGCCUCUCGUCGAAAUCUCCAAGUUGACUUUAGCGGUUCCGGUGGCUCCAGGACAGGCCGGUCUCCGUCAGUGUCCCCUGACCGCGGCGUGACACCCACCUCACCCUACUCGGUGCCGCAGAUUGCACCAAUGCCGAGCAGCAGGAUGUGCCCCCUGUGCACCACCACAGAGCUGACCAACCCACCGGCUGUACCCAACUACAACACCUGCACCCAGUGCAAGUCUACCGUCUGUAACCAGUGUGGAUUCAACCCCAACCCACACCUCACCGAGGUCCAGGAGUGGCUAUGUCUGAAUUGUCAGAUGCAGAGAGCUCUUGGCAUUGAUAUGACCACGCCUCGCUCUAAGAGCCAACAGCAGAUUCACUCUCCGUCACACCAAGCCAAGCCCAUUGUCCAGCCUCAGCAGCCGACGCCUCAGCCAACACAACCGGCAGCAGCAGCCCAGCCAAAACCUCUGGCUCAGAGUCAGCCCGCCCAGCGGCAGCAGCAGCAGCAGCAGCAGCAGCAGCAGCAGCAGCAGCAGCAGCAGCAGCAGCAGCAGCAGCAGCAGCAGCCCUACGGCCAGACGCAGCCCUACUCCCAGUCUCAGCCAUACUCCCAGUCUCAGCCAUACUCCCAGUCUCAGCCAUACUCCCAGUCCCAGCAGUAUCCCCAGUCUCAGCCCCAGUUGUACCCUACCGGACAACAGGGGCCCCAGACUCAGCAGCAAAGCUCUCCAGGCUUACAGAGACACCAAGGCGCUGGCGGCCCCCAGGCUCAGACUGGAACUUUUCAGCAAGGCAUGAGGUCGGAUCCAUACUCCCAGAGAGGUCCUGGGACCCAAGGAGCUGUCGGAGGUCCCACUGGUGGCCUCAACCAGCCUGGAGGUCCACGGAUUCCCCACCCUGGUGCUGUGCCCCUCCCUGGCUUGACCAAAGCCCCCUCUCAACCUGAUCUGGGUCGGGGUUCUCCGAUGCACCAGUCCAUGGCACGACAUCAUGAUCAGACCAGAAGCGCCGGUUCUUCCCCAGCCCACAGACCUCAGAGUCAGCCCCCUCCUGCCCAGGAUGGCCUGACCAAACUGUUUGGCUUUGGGGCGUCCCUGCUCAAUCAGGCUAGUACACUCAUCAAUGUUGAUCCUCUAUCCACUGCCUCCACCCAGCCGAGCCCUGCACGGGGCAAGGUGGUGUUCAGUAAUGCAAGUGCUGACAGCAAGCAGCAACAACAAGGUGCCCAAGGAAGUAAACCGUUUGGUAUGGGAGGCCCUCAUGCUCCAACUCAAAUGAGUGGUCCCCAUGGGCCAAGUCAAAUGGGAGGUCCUCAUGCACCAGGUCAAAUGGGAGGUUCUCAUGCACCAGGUCAAAUGGGAGGUCCCCAUGGGCCAAGUCAAAUGGGAGGUCCUCAUGGGCAGAGUCAAAUGGGUGGCCCCCAUGUGCCGGGCCAAAUGGGAGGCCCUCAAGCAAUGAGCCAAAUGGGAGGCCCUUAUCCACAUAGCCAAAUGGGGGGCCCUUUUCCACAGAGCCAGAUGGGAGGUCCCCAAAUGGGUGGACUGCAUCAACAAACCCAGAAGCAGCCGACCAUCCCCCAUCAACAAGGAAUGCAGCAACAGCAGUCGCCCGCGCAUCAUCAAAAAGGGCCGCAAGGAUACCAACCACAAGGAACACAACAAAAGCAGUCACCUGCUCAUCAGCAGAAGGUGCCACACAAACAGGAGCCCGCAGCAGCUCCCGUGCCUGCUCCAGUGCCCGCAAAGCCUAAAGUGAACUGUCCUCUAUGUAAAACGGAGCUGAACAUCCACAGCUCUGACCCGCCCAACUACAACAGCUGCACACAGUGUCACAGCCAAGUUUGUAACCUGUGUGGCUUCAACCCGACGCCUCAUCUGGUGGAGAAAAAAGAGUGGUUAUGCCUCAACUGCCAGACCCAGCGGCUGAUGUCCGGAGGCGGCCUCGACGAGCCUCCACUUCCUGUUCCUCAUUCGUCUCCCAAGCACCAGCCAAUGGGUUCGCCCCGUCACCAGGCACCAACCAGUCAACAAAGCCCUCUCCACAAGCCCACCAAUCAGCAGGGCCAAAAGACAGCUCAGCCCCAGACUCAGAAACCACAAGUUGGAACAGCCGGUACUGGGCCAUUUACUCCGACUGCUGCCAAACAACCAACGGACACCAAGACAACAGAUCCAACAACAGAGACCCAGAAACAGCAGAAACUGGAGGAGCAACCUAAGACUGAGCCGGAGACUGCCAAAGACACCAAACCCUUGCAGAAGAAAGGAGAGCAGAUCACACCUGUCAAAGACAUCAAGAAGUCCAGGCACUAUGAUGAUACUAAAAACAACAGCACCCAUGACUUAUCACGCAGUCCACAGAGCCUCAGUGACACCGGCUACUCCUCUGAUGGCAUCUCUAGCUCCCACAGUGAAAUCACAGGUCUUAUCCAGGAGGAGGAGAUGAAGCUGAGUGAGCGGGGAAUCAGUGGACGGGGCUCCCCACCAAGCCCUUCUGAAAUCACCAAACUAGAAAGCUCCAUGAGGCCUUUGCUGGAGAAGAGCCUUUCUGAAGACAAGGUGGAAAGAAGAGGAAGGAAGCACAGAGACAGGGACUUGGAUGACAGAGGAAAGCGCCCACGCUCCCUGUCGAUCCCGCCUGAAGAGUACGACUCAGACGAGGAACUGGAAGAUAUAGUGGAGGAAGAGGAGGAUGUGGGAGACUGGGAAAGUAAACGAAAGCAAACAAAGGAGGAGAAGAAAGAAAAGAAGAAGAAGGACAAAGAUGCCGAGCCCACAGAGAUGACAGAUGAGGAGUUUAUGAGGAGGCAAAUCAUGGAGAUGAGUGCUGAUGAAGAAAAUGAGGAGGAAGAAGAGAUGGAGGAAGAGGAUGAUGAGGAAGAUGAAGGCUAUGGCUAUCAGAAAUCCAAGAAAAGCCAUCAUAAGCACAUAUCUGACUCAGGGAAAGAGAAGAGACGUCUUCAACACCACUCCAGCAGCUUUGAGGAGGAAACUAAGAGUUCUGCUGAUGUUUAUAAAGGCUCAGUAGAGGAAGGUGAAGAGGAUCUGAUGGCAUCCCAAGGAGGCCUUAGGCGCUUCAAAACUAUUGAACUCAAUAACACCAAUAGCUACAACCGAGACAUGGAUCUGAGCAAUGAAAAUGACCUGAGUCUUGAUAGAGAACCAGAGUUAGAGAUGGAGAGCCUGACAGGAUCUCCCGAGGAGCGUUCUCGAGGCGAGUACUCCUCAACCCUGCCAGCAACUUCAUCGUCAUAUGGCUCAGGUCAGUCUCCAACUUCCAUCUCAUCGAUGGAGGAAGACAGUGACAGUAGUCCUAGCAGGAGGCAAAGGUUGGAAGAGGCCAAGCAACAGCGAAAAGCCCGCCACCGCUCCCAUGGCCCUCUCCUUCCCACCAUUGAAGACUCUUCUGAAGAGGAUGAGCUGAGGGAGGAGGAGGAACUUCUGAGAGAGCAAGAGAAGAUGAGGGAGGUGGAGCAGCAAAGAAUUAGGAGCACAGCACGAAAGACCAAGAGGGAUAAAGAGGAGCUCAGGGCUCAGAGGCGCAGAGAGAGGUCGAAGACACCACCAAGCAAUCUCUCCCCCAUUGAAGAUGCUUCUCCGACUGAAGAGCUCAGACAAGCUGCAGAAAUGGAAGAGCUCCAUCGGUCUUCUGCUUCUGAAUAUUCCCCACAGAGUCUGGACUCAGAGGCUGAAGGAUACGAGUCCAAACUUUACAAGUCAGGCAGUGAGUACAACCUGCCCACCUUUAUGUCUCUUUACUCACCAGUAGAGAAGUCCUCAACAACGACAACAACUACAGCACCAUCGUCAACUUCAAAACCACUAAAAAGUGCUGAGGAGGUCUAUGAAGAAAUGAUGAGGAAAGCAGAGAUGCUUCAAAAACAACAGAAACAACAGCAGCAACAGCCCCAACAUGGAAGACAUGGGCAGUACUAUGAGGAGGACGUCAAUGGACAAGGUUAUGACGAGGAGUAUGAAUAUGAUCAAGAUCAAGCUGAAUAUGACAAUGGGGCAGCAGAUGUAGAAACAGACAUAUAUGAGGAGAUCCGCCAGACAUCUCAAAAUAUCACCAAGAUGCAGCAGGCUACUGAUGAGCAAGUGGAGAUUGAGAUUGAGAGCUCCUAUCCAGACAAACAGCUCCUAGACACGGGCUCAGCCUUCGCAAAGCUGCUAGAACAGAGCAAUGCUCUCCUAACUCCAGGUACAAGCCCGACCCAGAUCUCAGCUCCUGUCUCCUUUGCUGAGACUGGAGGUCGGAUUCCAGACGUCAGAGUGACACAGCACUUCUCUGCAAAGGAUGGACACAAAGACCGGAUCAAAAGCCAAGCAGGAAAGAAUGGAAUAACUCCAACAGUUGCUGCCACAACCAUUGCAGCUUAUGGAGUUUAUGCAAGAGAUGCAGUGACUAUUUCUCAGACCAGUACAAGUCCCACGAUGACAUCUACUCAGGCUGGCAUGUAUGGCCGACAAACAGGAAGUACUGCCACAUCCUCAUCUACAGUCUCAAGUGUGUGCAGCAAAAUUGCAGAAAUUACCCAGGCCUAUAGUCAAAGAGAAGUGAUCACAAGAAGAGUUGGAGAGACUCGGGGUGUCCAAGUGCGAGACAGUUCAACAUCUUCAACUGAACGAGUUAUUGAACCCCGCUCUCCCAAGUAUACCACUUAUUACAGAAGCACCAGUCCUCCUCUGUCUCCAUCACCACCUCUACAGAGUCCCACCCGUUCACCAUCCAGAAGGUCUACAGCGGAGUUCUCUACGCAGACUUUCAGCUCAGCACUACGAAUGGAGUCGUCUGGUUCUGGGCCUUCAUCCCCAGUGAUGGCUCAGGGAACCCAAACAUCACAUCGAUCAGUCUCUCCAAGGCUGUAUCGACAGCAGUCUUCCCAGGAUGCCCCAUACUCGCCACCUUCAAGUCCUGCAAGGCCAAUGACAGUCAACACUGCUACAUCGCCUCUGUCGUCACCCACCAGAUUUAGUCGCCAAUCAACGUUUGAGAAUUAUUCCCCAUGUGGCAGUCCCCCGGACACACCACCUUAUCAGCAAUCCCCCACACGCAGCUUCUACAGAACACAAAGAAUUGAGAAGGUAAAUGUGGGAACAAGUAUGGUCACAACAGCAAGUACUUACACCAGGGGGUCAUUGUCAAUGGAUAACAUCUCCCUCUGUCGCAUUUCUACAGUCCCUGGCACUUCCAGGGUAGAGCAAGGACAUAUGAUCCAAGGUGGAAGUGUUGUAGACCUCCGAACAGCCACCAAAGCAGCUCCUAUCAUCAUGACUGACCAGGGAAUGGAUCUCACUUCCUUGGCCACUGAAAGCAGACAAUAUUACGGAGGAGCAGAGGGUGUCAGACACUCAACAAUUGUACAGCCACUGAUUAUGAACCUAAACACACAGGAGGUCACCACACCAACCACUGUGAGUGUCACUGUGGCUGCUUCCAUGUUCAUGACCCAGCACAAACAGCCUAUGGUAUAUGGUGAUCCCAAUCAGAACCGAGUGGAUCUAGGUCAGGGUAUAGGUCCAGCUGUGUGUCUGUCCCAGAACAAACCACCAAUGUCCCCUCCAGUUGAUCCAACAAUACCAAAAAUUGAUGCCAAACUGGAGGACCUCAGCGUCCAGCAGAGAGAACUACAAAAACAACAAGAGAAGCUGCAGAAGCAACAAGAGAUCCUUGAACAGCAGUUGCAACAACACCAUCAAAUGCAACACCAACAGCAACAUGCCUCUGCUUUGGCAAGGUACGGCCUCACAGGCCAGAUUCCACCUUUAAUGAAAAAAGACUUACUAGUCAGCCAGACAAGCACUGCCUCAGCUGUGGUCAGUGCUGUAUCUCCAGUCAUUAACCCUGAGAUGUAUGGCACUGGUCCCAUUGAGCUGAAAGGGAGGCCGAGCCCUCCUGGUAUAAUGUCUGGAGGCAAAUCACCACAUAGCAUGGUUGUACAGAUGGAUGGAGGGCAAGAGCAGGCCAGAGCAGUGACACAGCUAGUGAAGGUAGAGGAAGGACAGGAUGCUAUGGAUCUGACAGGAGGCCAAAUCAAACCUGACCAACCAGCUUGCUGCGAUGUUGUUUACCGACUUCCAUUUGGAGGAAGUUGCGUUGGUGGUUCUGAACAAGAGGGUAUAAGGCCUCCAUCUGCCCCACCCCUCACCUACGAGUCUGACCAUGAGUAUCCAAUGGAUGGACAGAAGGCCUACACAUUACCGUUCCCUGGAAGAUUGCAAUCUUCAAUGUCUGAUACAAACCUAGCCGAGGCUGGGCUCCAAGCUUACCAUCCAAAACUAGAACCACAAUUUCAAUCUACAGGAGAUCUCGCAAUGGAUCUCACUGGUAUAAAGCAGGGCUAUGGAGGGUACAUGAGGAUGCAGUAUGGUUCCUAUACAGAUUUACGACAUGGAGGGGAAAUCACAGCCCAAGCACUGCCUAUAAGGAGAUACAAUUCCUUGUCAAACAUCAGUUCAGACUAUGGCUACUCUGCUCGGGACAUUGCAGGUUUUCAAGAGGCUAACUUGGCUCAGUACAGUGCUACAACUGCUAGGGAGAUUAGCAGAAUGUGUGCAGCACUCAAUUCCAUGGAUCGGUAUGGAAGCAACCCAGACUUGAUGCAGUUUGGCAGUUUGGGGAGAGGAACUGGGCCUGGUACCGCCAGACUUGCAGCAGGUCUUGGCUUGCGACAAAACCUUCUUUUUGGUCUAGAUGGUAAGCCAAUGUCACACAAUCAAGCACUAACUAACCUUAUCAACGCUAGGCAGGCCAGUCUUAGGGCAAUGUAUCCGGCUGCUAUUAGAUCGGCCGAUGGGAUGAUCUACUCAACUAUCCAGACCCCCAUUGCUUCGACACUUCCCAUUACAACCCAGCCUGCCUCUGUUCUUCACCCACUACUUAGGGGGGUCUACAGGCCAUAUCCCUCUGCCAACAUGACACCUGUGCCCCUAUCCAGUCUUAGCAGACUACCAAUGAACCCCAGAAUGCCUUUGUCUGGACAAGCUCCGGUCGCUUAUCCGGCACCAGGACUUCUCCAAACAACAUCAACAACUGCCAUAACCGCUGCUGCGUCAACAACUUUUGCCCCAGUCGGAGCCCCAGUUAUUGUGUCCAUGACUAGUAGCUCUAUAGUCCAAGAUGAACCAGUGUACCUUGGUAAAGGUGCUGCAGUUACCUCUGCAUCAACAGUGGUCACCUCAGUACAAGGGACAGUCAUCCCAAUUGAUCCACAGCAGCAGCCAAUAAACCUCUCCCAGGCCCACCUGAACAGUCAACAACAACAGCAACAACAAGUGACAGCUGCCCAGCAGUCACAACAGCCUCCUCCAGCUGCUCAUGGCUAUCCACCCUCAGCAACACCAUACACCCACGGCUAUGCUCAGCCUCCAGCAGGCCCGUCCGCUGCCGCCGGUGGCUUACCCAUCCAAGGGGGACUUCCUCCCUUCCCUCCACCAGGUGCCCUACAUAAGGAGGGUGAAACAGAAGCAGAGAGGCUGCAUCGUCAGCAAGAGCAGCUUCUGCAGAUGGAGAGGGAGCGUGUGGAGCUGGAGAAACUCCGGCAAAUGCGACUUCAGGAGGAACUGGAACGGGAAAGGACUGAGCUGAAGAUGCACAGAGAGAAGGAGCAGAUUCUGGUGCACAGGGAGUUACAGGAGCUGCAGAACAUCAAGGAACAGGUCCUACAACAGCAACAAAAUGAGCGUGAGAAACAACUUGUUCUUCAGAGGGAGCAGCUGGCCCAGCAGAAGUCCCAGCUAGACCAGAUCCAGUCAUUACAGAACCAGCUCCAGCAGCAGCUUGAAGAGCAGAAGAGACAGAAGACAGCUUCAGUGGUGCAGCUGGAUGUGAACGGACAGCCUCUGCACCCCUACAGCGACUCCCAGAUAGGCUCUCGUUCCCUCCCUAACUCCUCAUCAGAGAUGUGUCUCAGAAGCCAAGAGGAGCACAUGGAGACCAGGUCUAACAUGAGGAAACACAGCUCCAUGACCAGGCUGAGCAGAGACAGCAUGGACGGAGAGAGCGUGGUGUUUUACAGCUCCCCGCGCAGGAUUGUGGACAGCUGUGUGCAAACUGAUGAUGAAGAUGGCGAGGAGAGGUACAUGAUGCGCCAUCGCACCAGAAGACGUGGUCGCAGUGUUGACUGCUCUGUCCAGACAGAUGAUGAUGAGGACAAGGCCGAGACCGGGCAGCCGGUCCGACGUAGACGUUCCCGUUUCUCACGUCACACUGAGUCCAAUGCCGCCAGUGGUAGCUCUGCCGCCACCAGUACCACGGCCACUGAUACCAAAACCGACGCUCCCAAGAUGGUGUCCUCAAGUAUCGCCAUCCAGACCAUCAGGGAAAUGUCUUGUCAGACAGAAGUGGAGCAUCUAGGAAGAGUCUCCCCAGCGAUCCAUGUGACAUUACCAGACCCAAACAAAGUAGAGAUCGUGCACUACAUCUCUGGUCCUGAGCGGACCCAAAAAGGCCAGUCUUUAGCAUGCCAGACUGACCCUGAAGCCCAGUCACAGGUUGUUGUAGCCCCCCAGCUCAGUAUACCGACCACAGUCAGUCCAUAUUCUUCCUCUACCAGUAGUGGAACACAACAAUUGAGCUCUGCAGACCUUCUGACCCAGCAGCGCCAGCAGCAGCAAAUCGCAGCAAAUGCAGCCAAGUUUGAGCGACGUCGCCCCGACCCGCUUGACAUCAAUUACCAGCCUCACAACCACCUCCACAACGAGUCCAUCUCCAGCAUCAUCCGGCAGCAGCAUACUCCCAAAUCCCCACAGGUGCUCUACUCUCCGGUCUCUCCAGUGUCUCCUCAUCGCCUCCUGGAGAAUUCCCUGUCCAGCGAGAGGCUGAACAAGGCCCAUGUCACACCUCAGCAGAAGUCCUAUACAGCUGAGUCCCCCCAGCGACACCCCUCGGUGCCCCGACCCAUCAAGAGCACUCAGAGGUCUAUGUCUGACCCCAAGCCCCUCAGCCCCACCACGGACGAACACACUAAGGCCAGGCUGACCCUCUAUCAACAACAUGCACUCCAGAGCCAGCUGGCAGCUCUACAGCAGAGCUCGCUGCUCCGCAAGGUCAAGAGAACCCUGCCCAGCCCUCCUCCGGAUGAGACUACUACAGCAGCUCAUCUGCCCAUGAUGACACCUGCCCUUCAACAGGUCUACCUGCCCUCCGUGCCCAGCCUCAAGCCCAGCUCCAGGUCUGGCCUUGCCGCAAAGGCCAGCCUCCUCAAAGACCUUACCCAUGAGCUGAAGGCCGUGGAGCAAGAGUCAACCAAGCUGAGGAAGCAACAAGCUGAACUGGAGGAGGAAGAGAAAGAGAUUGAUGCUAAACUUAGAUACCUUGAGUUGGGCAUCCAUCAAAGGAAAGAGACACUGGUCAAGGAGAGGGAGAGGAGGGAUAUUGCCUAUCUGAGGUGUAUGGGGGACACUAGGGACUACAUGUCUGAUAGUGAGUUGAAUAACUUGCGUUUGGCAGCUGCAGCUGCAUCCCAUGAAACCAAUGGUCUGCUGUCAACAAGGCCAAGCACCGCCCCUCUCAGCCAAUUCACCAGUGACCUAAACACAUCUGCCCAGUACCCACCAACCUCUUCCUUCCUCUCCUGUCAGUACCCCCAGAGCCAACCACCAGCACCGACUCAGCAAUCAAGUCUGCCAUACCAGUCCGCCACAUUCAACCAGCCACCCUAUCCGACAGUGUCUCAGUCCCAGGCACUGCCACAGCCCACACCUCUCCAGAGCCACGCCCCUCCUCCAGGACCUUCUUACCAGUCUCAAACAUCCUACCCCUCUCACACCUACCCCCAAUCUCAACCCCCAUACCCCCAGACAGACCUUGGGAUACCAGCUGCACCUCAGCCUGGGCCAGGCCAUACAGGUUUUGGGCCUGCACCACCUGGUCAGCCCCCAUACCCCACCCACAGCUCACCCUAUCCAAGUGCUGUGUCCUCCUACCCCAGCCAGACCACCCCGUACCCUGGGCAGCCCCAAGCUGAUAUCCUGACAGUCCAUCCAGGAAGACCAAGGCAGACUUCACUUGCUGACCUGGAGCACAAGAUGCCCACCAACUAUGAGACGAUCAGCAACCCAACUGUUGUGGUAACUACAACAGCCCAGGAUGCUACCUAUUCCAGUAGUGCCCCCUCCUAUGGUCAGUACACUGGAUCCACAACCAUGGCCAGCUCCUAUGGGCCCUAUGGCUCAGCACCAGUGUCCAGCAGCUACGGUGGGUACUCUACCAUGCCACCAAGCACUUAUGGCCAGUAUACCUCAGCCUCAGCUGGUUCUUAUGGCCAGUACACCACAACCACUGCUAAUACUUAUGGCUACACUACCACCACAGCAAGCUCUUACGGACAAUACACCGCUACAGUGUCCAAUGCCUACGGGCACUCUGUAGACAGUCCCUCUACCUACAGCACUGCAGAUGGGAUGUAUGGGGCUCCUGGCUUAGAGCAAAGCAUCCCAAGGAACUACAUGAUGAUUGAUGAUGUAAGUGAGCUUACGGCAAAAGAUGGGCUGGGCACGAUGACGGGGGACAUGAUGCAUCAUGGCGGCAGUGGGCGUUAUCCAGGCGACAUCCAUGGCCACAGCAGCACCAUUGGCAGCACGACACGUGGGGGAACUGGCAGCUCCUCUUACGGCAGGGCACCUGAAGAAGAAGCAGCGAUGCAGGAAGACCUGUACGACCACCAUGGCAGGGGUAAGAGCAGCUACAGGCACGGACCUCUAGGGGGCAGCAGCAGCAGCGUGAGCGCUAGCACGGGUGGGGGAUCCCCCUAUUACUAUGACUUCGACUGCAAACACGGCAGCAUCCGCUCAGGGGUACAGAAACAUUCGUCUUCCUCUAGAAGCCUUCUGGCUCCUGCUGUUAUGUCCACCAAGCGCAGCAAGCACAGAAAACUGGGGAGCAUCGAGCAAAAAAUCUCGAAGUUUUCCCCUAUUGAAGAGGCUCGGGAUGUGGAGGCAGACCUGGCCUCUUAUUCCUCAGCAGGUGGGGCUUACACCGCCGCUCACAUUCGAGGGCGCCAGCUGAUAGAGGAUUAUGGCUUUAAGAGGAGUGCUUACAAUGGCGGCAGUGGCACCAGUCAAACUAGUCGAUGCUACGGUUCACUGGAGGAGGACGAUCGGAUUUAUUAUACUUCCACCGGCCGCUCCCGUUCCACCGGCUACGGCAUGGACAAGAUCUCAGCCAGGGACUAUCCUGGGUAUCGCAGCCGAUCUUACGAGAGGGACGAUCGCUCCUACAGAUCUGGCUAUAGCCGAGGGCGCCACCCAACUCGCCAGUACUCUGAAGAGGAGAGCCCACUCAGUCCUCUGGGGAGGUUUAUGGGUUCCGGGCGAUCAUCAAGCUUAGGUCCCGACCCAUAUGACAGCCGCAGCAGUAAAUAUCAGUACUAUUAUGGCCAAUAUGGUUCCAGCCACUCGCUCCCAGAUGUACAAGACCACAUACGGGACCUUCCCCGGACCCACGUCUACAAAUCGGAAGAUACAUACAUAAUAGACGAUUAUCAUUGCGCUGUGUCAGACAGUGAAGCCUACCAUCUGGGCCAAGAAGAAACGGACUGGUUUGAGAAGCCACGCACCAGUUCGCGACACUACGGUCACUCAACUGGGAGGAGCCGCCACGCUGUAAAACACACCUACCAUGAUUAUGAUGAGCCUCCUGAGGAGGACCUAUGGCCCCAGGAUGAGUAUGGCCAAGGAGGGCGACACUCUGCAUCCCGCGACCACAGACACCACGGCAGCUCUGGCCGACACACGUCCUCAUCACGUCAUUCAGAUGAGCAAAGAGCUUCCAGGUCCUCUAAGGCGCACCCUAAAGACCCAUCAAUGCGCCAUGACCCUUCAGGACGUUCAUCAUCCUCAGGAAGGCGAGGCGAGUCAAGGUCUGGAGCUUACCACUCUGCUGACUACUCCCGGGAUCCAUCUGGGCAUCACCACAGUCAGCGUUCCUCUAGACAGGGGGACCCACACCGUUCCUCACGCAGCAAGUCCCAGCCGCCAGGAGAUAUGCAGGGCCAACCACCAGGUUCCUCCAGGUCUGGUAGUGCUUCCCGUGCUCAGGGCCCAGCUGGCGGGCCAAUGGGAUCAGGGCGCCAGGGUGGUCCAGGUGCCCCAACAGAUGUGGCCCCAGGACAGAGGACUCAGCUUCAACAGCAGGCCCAGACAUCAGCAGCCAGGCCAGGGCAGCCAGGUGCUGCAGCAGCAACUGGUCCUCAGCAGCAGUCCCCAGCCCAGGGACAAGGCAUGGGCAUGGGCAUGGGCAUGGGGCAGAACCAAGCAAAGCCCGGGCAGAUGGGACCAGCCGGUGGACCCAUGGGGCAGGCCAGACAGACAGGUCCAGCGGGACCCGCACCAGCCACCAUGGCCAAAGUCGACACACCUCCAGUAACAGCUAUCGGAGCAAAGGCAGCUCCCGUCAUGGCCAACAAAGCAGCCCAGCCCCCGCUUACAGGCAUAGGCUCAAAGGCAGCUCCGAGACCAGGAGGGAUUGGCAGUGCAGCAGCAGGUCAGCCCGGCAUGGAGGGAGAUGGCAUGUUGUCCAAGAUCCUGCCGGGAGCAGCCGCUGAGCAGGCCGGCAAACUGGGAGACGCUAUAACCGGUUUUGGCAAGAAGUUCACCUCUUUCUUCUGAGGUGUUAAAAUUGAGGACUACAUAAAUGUGAAAUGACAAAGUGACGAGGCCUUGUACCAGAAAAACCUGUGAAGACACCUCUGCUAUUGUUUUACUAAGAGAGAGAGAGAGGGAGGAGAGAGAGAGAGAAUGGGGAACAGAGAGGAGAGCUGAGCAUACUGCCAACCAGGACUGGAAUCCAUCUGAUACUUCAUGUCUCAUGGCUGAGCACACACUGACAGAGAGACCACACAGAUCUCUCUGGCAGGCCAGACAAUCAUUUCAAGCCAGCUCCCGUCUUUAGCAGGGCUUUCCUCCAUCCAGUGUCCUCAGCCAAAGAAACUAACUCCACCCAGCUACAGUGGAGACCUGGACCUGUAGCAGUCAGACACACCUCUGGCUUUGAUAACAAAGGGGAAACUGGCAGCCACAAAAGAACUGCAGAUUUCAAACAGGAUUAUGUUUUUGCUGUACAUCUUCCAUGCCGGUGAACGGAGGUAUACUUACACUACCUGAGAUCGAAGCAGGCUUUGAAGAGUCGAAGCGAUUGAAGUCAUCUACCAUCUCAGCCCUCCAUGAUUUUUUAAACCAUUGCAGUUCUGAUGGAAGGAGCUAAAGAAGGGCGCAACUCUUUUCCGAUAUGCUGACGACUUCACUCUCUACAUGAGAGCUGCUUUUCUUUCCGCUAUCAACGUUCAGGAACAACGGUACGGUACAGGCGUCAUGGCAUGCUAGGAUCCUUGGCUUCGCAGUCCUGUGCUCAAACUAUGAGAAGCAACAACGUCCAACCUCUCUCCUCUUUUCUGUCUCCUCUCAAAGUGAAAACAAAGAAGCCAAAGGAAUGAAACCUGAUGAAGGGAUGCAGGCUUUUCUGGUACUAAAGACCUCAAGUUACAUCAACCGUCAUGACAUCAACCGUCAUGAGGGAAAUAAAUGAAUGAAUAAGACUUUGAUAAUGCCGCACACAGAACAGGUGUGUGGGCGUGUCUCGAUCCACGGUUUGCUCUGUUUCUAUCUACAUUCCAGAUUGGAACUGUUAAAACCUUUUGCUUCCACUCUUCCUCGACUUUCUGCGUUUCUUGAAUGCUGAUUCUACUUAACUUUCUAAUCCCCAUCCGAUGAUCUUGCCGUGU